UCCGCCAUGCAUUAGCGCAGAGACCCGUCUUUAUAAGUGAAAUGACAUUAAAAUGGAGGAGUAUUAGUGUGUUAGUGACGGGCUGUUUGGGGUGACUGCCGGGACGCUGCAGAGGCUCGCUGCCGCCGCGCUGGACUGAUGAUGAUCUGGCUCGUUCUGGUGCACUACCCCAACAACCCGUGCGGUGAUGGCGAGGAAACCCCGUUGACAAGGCACUGCUUUUUCAUGACGCCCAGGAAACAAAGGGUGUUAAAUGACUGAAUCCAUGCUUCCUGCUGGAAACCUGUGUCAUGGAUGAUGAGGAUGAUCGUCAUCUUCUGGAUAUUUUAGGAGAUGUGGAUGCACUGAAUGACUAUCUCCAUGGCAGCAACAGCAAGUCUAUUGAGGAAGACGAUGUGACAAAUGCAGCUUUUGGGUCGGAUGGAUCCUUCUUUUCUAGCGACACGGUUGGCUCCAACUCUGGCCUCAAGGAUGGCUCCUCCACAAUGGGCGAGUUCGGCGACGAUUCAACAGGGGCAGGCCUCCAGCUCUCCAGCAGCCUUUCAUUUAUCGAGGAUGAAUUGGGGUCCGAGAACUCCCCCGGCGUGGGGGAUCUUGGGGGUGAGGACCAGCCCUUUGACAUCCUACAGAAGUCCCUCAUGGAGGCCGACAUCACGGAGCAGACGUUGGCCCAGGAGGCCUUGCUAGACUCCCAGCCCGCUCCCACUCUGGUCCAGGCUCCCGUCCCAUUCUCCUCCCAGCUGGUCUCUGGGGGCUAUGGAGGCGGGGUGGUAACCACGGCGACAGCUGCGUUCCCCACAGGCCAGUUCCUGCAAGGGGUCUCCCAGCUGCCCAACGGCUCCGCCCAGCACAUCCAGGUGUUGGGGUCCUUCGGGGCCGGUGCUGGUGUGAUGACUCUGAGCAGCUUGGAGAGAACUCCUCAGCUCGUUCUGAGGCAGGGGGCGCCUGUAGCUGGGACGGGGGCCACAGCGGGGGGGCAGGUGUUCGCUCCCACCCAGGGGCAGGUAGGCCAAGUGGGCUUACCUUUCAAAAACAUCCCCCUUCAAAACAUCAUCAUCCAGAGGGGCCCGGGAGGGACCCAGACUCUCGUCAGACCCAUCCAGCCCAAACCCCUCCACGCCGGGGGUCAGACCGUCUACAGCCUCGGCCUCCAUCCCACCCCCACCACCAUGGCUAACGUAGCUAACGCUAACACUGCUUCUCCUGGGGGGCAUUACACAGCCAACGGCUCCAUCGUGGUGCAGCCCCCUCUGGAGCAGCAACAAGCACAGUCCCAGACAAACAUAGCACCUGGACAGUACUUGCUGCCCAGCUCGUUGGCACUCACAUCGACCAACGCCAUCCACAACGGCCCCGCUGACCACAACUCAAACUCCCUAAUUACCAGUCAGAACGCGGUGCAGAUUGUCGCAGGGCAGAACUUCACCGCACCACCAGGAGGCCAGCUCAUUCUGAAUCAGGGAGUAGUCAGUAGGAGCCAGGUCGGAGGGGCCGUAACUCAAACAUGGACCGGAGUUCCUUGUGCGAACUCCGCCCCCGUUCAGACAUCGUGCGCUCCCGGGCGGCUGACUCUGGUUGGCCCGGCGACGGCGGGGAUCGGCGGUCAGGGCCAAAUGUCGGCUUGCCCCGUUCAGCGCCUUCUAGUGACUCAAACUCAGAACUGCAAUUCUCUGUCCCCUUUAGCUGGUACUGUGACGCAGGAGCAAGACUACAGACAGAAUUCUUCAUCUCCUGCCCUCAAACAGGUGCAACUCAGCAACAUCCAUGCCAUGAAUCAAGACUCAAAGCUCAACUCUCAGGUCAGUGCUCAGAAGAGACCUGCCCUUCCGCCACUUACAAGAGGAGAAAUGAUUUUACUACAGUUGAGGAAGGAUCACGCUGGAGUUCAUAGCCCAGAUCAGCGUCGGUUCAAUUCAAUCGACGAUGCGCUGCAAAGGCUCCUCCCGUACCACGUGUUCCAGGGGACUCCACCCAGCCAGGAGGAGUUCUCACAGGUGGAUGACGAAUUUGAGGUAGUUGCAACUCAAGUGCUGAUGAGGACCCAUGUCAUGGUGAACAAAUACAGACGGUUACUAAUGGUGGAAGCUGAGCGUUCCAGCCCGUCAUCAGAAAUGGUGAUGAUUGACAGGACCUUCAACCAAGAGGAGCGCAGCAACCUGACACAAGACAAACGCAUGAUACUAGUGGAUCCAGACACCUUCUUCGAAGACUUCUGUUGCGGGAUGAAAUCAAAACUUUCCCAAGAUCCCGUCCCGUCUCAGUCGCCGUCCAGCUGUAGCUGGAAUCAGUCAGACAGUGGCUCUGCGGAGCCUCCGUACAGGACAGACUCCAAGCCCGGGUUCGGAGACCCGGGAGGGGGUGGAGCUGCAGGACCAGGUGCAGCAGAAAGACUCCACCCUCCACUCUUAGAAAACAAGAGCGUCCUUGAACUGAAGAGAUCCCAGCAACACUACGGACCCGGCAGCACCGGCAACAACAGCCUCCCCGCCGCCAACAGUUGUCCCCAAGGUAACCCCUCACCCUUCGCAGCAACGGCAAGAGGACAGACGCACCACCAGGUGUCUCCCCACCUGUCCUCCCCCCAUCCAGCCCCAGUGCCCCGCUCAGCUCAGCUCCCCCCCCACGGCGACACAGACUCUGCUCUCGAGGCGGCGGUCAACAGCAUCUUGGAAUGUUAAGACUGAUAUCAUCCCGAGUUUCAACUUCUUUUGUGUGUGUGUACUUUUUGCUUUUGUAAUAUUUGUUGUAUUUCCCCAUUCCCUGUGUGAAGAGAGGUUAACUCUUCCUUCAGGUCUAUUAUAUUUUUGAUACCAUCUCCGGCCAAGUAGCAUGUAUCUAGUUUUUUUCUUUUUGUGAGGGAGGUUUAGGUAUGAAGUAGGAGUCAGAGACUUGAUAUGAAUGCAGGCACUCAAGAUUACCUUUCUAGAUCUGGUAAUGUGUGCCAUCAAUGUAUUUACAGAUGGAAUAAGUUCUUGUUUACUUUAACAUUAUUUAAAAGGGGAAGGGUCUGCAAUUUCAGUAGCCUGAAUAUAAGAGUCCCUCUAUUCACAAACGUAUCAUUAAUCUUUUGUGCCAGUUGAUUCCCCCCCCCACUACCUAUGCUGAAAACGAGGGACGAGGAGGACGGACAAAAUGACAAAUCUGUGCCUAAUUCUAGGUUUUUAUUUUGAAGUGUUUACAUGAAGGAGCUCUUUUCAAAAAUAUCCAUUUACUCAGUUCCUUCCUGCAUUACAAACAUGCAAAGUUCACUCACACAUGCUUCAGUUCAACGUUUUACAUUCAUGUUUUCGGAGGUGUAGAUUUCCUUGCUCGGUAGAGACACAUUCACAUAGACGAAUUGCACUAAACGUACUGUUGCUUAUUUCAGGAACUAUAUGAAUACGUGGCUCUCUCUGAUAUCCAGUGUGCGCUAGGCUAAACAGAAUGUGAAUAUUUGGAACGGAACCAAAAUCAAUUCGCCUGCUUUCAGCUGCCUCCAACAAGGAUAACCUCUUCAACACUCUUAGCAACCUGUCAAACUAUUCACACAGACUUGUAUAGUACUGUUACUGUACUCUGCAAUGCUUUUUUUCUUGUGCUCAAGUCACAUUUUCUUUGGCAUUUUUUCUUUUGUACCUUAAAGGUAUGCAAGCCCCGACACAGACACAGGACAGAUACUCGCUCUCAACCACUUUUAUCAUUUCAGUGUGUUUGUGUCAAGGGGAGCUUAGUCCUCAGAUUGAGGAAGUUAUGUUACAGUAUGUUUUUUUAUUAUUUAGAAUUUUAAUUUUUUCUCAUUUUUAGAAAUGACAUUAAAAAAUAUGACUGUUUUUUUUUUGUUCGUUGUGAUGUGUUCCCCGGCUUUGUGAAUAUGAGAACAUGGUUUAAAUGAUCCUGGAGGGUCAUUGAUUGUACGUACGUUGGUUUGCCUUCUGCAUAUUGAUCAUAUCCAGAUAUCUAUGCUUUGCUGUCGAGUCAUGUCGAUCAGUGUGCGUGUGUCAAUCUGCACACACACACACUGGUCUACGACUGUGUUUCCAUGUAGUCCGGUUGUUUGAUUGCCAAACAUUUGACUUUAUUCCCAAGAGUUCGCUCAGUUCCCCCUGGAUGUGUUUUUCUCACUUUCAACUGUUUCUUUUCAAGCAUUUGUCUGUCUCUCUGUCUCUCUCUCUCUCCUCCCACUCAGCAGUGCAACCAAAACUCAAACUAGGAGAGAGUGUGGCCUCGUCCAGAAUCACCGUCAGAUCUUUCCGUCUCAGUCUUUGUGCUGGUGGUAACAGCUCUCUACUGCUUCCUCUGAAGCUGUUUCACAUAAAACUCCCACUGUGUUCUGAGUUUUGAAGAGAAUUCAGUAUUAAGAGCCCAAACUUAACUGACUGUGACAUUUCAUCAUGAUGAAGAGUUUAUCUGAAAUAUUGGACAUGUUAUUCUGUUCUUGGUAGGGCAUUUUUGCAAAUCUACAGAAAUCUGCACUAUGGUUUUAAGCAAGAAAGGGCGUGUUUUUGCAAAAACCAACAGAGGACCAAAGCUUAGGAUAAAUGUGUUACGUGCUCUCAGGUUGAUUCUGGAUAUUGUCACCUUUCUCCUAUAAUCAUGUCUGUGAAAUAUGCUUGCCAAUAGGCUACAGGAGCAGACUGAAGGCCUUUAACACGGGCUGGUAGAGAACACAUCUGUCUUUUUUGUGUGUGUUUGAGUGCCAGUGGCCGUCGCAGCCCACCUGUAUCUCUGCCUCCACCCUUCUAGACCUCUUAUAUCUACCAGUACACACUGAGAAGGGUCAUGUGAGUUAUUUCAUUUGCUCCUUCAAGUUGUUGCUGCCAGAAGUUGUGCCUCUUUAGCACUUAAAUCCACAAGAAAGUUAGUUUUGGAGUUGCACAAAGUAGGGACGUGUUCAGUGCUGGUUGUGUUAUCCGGAUGCAUAUCAGUGUGUGAAGGCCCGGCGGGAACAUACUGUGCUUUUUCUCCUGUUUUCAGUUCAGAAAUGUUUUUUUUUGCCUCCAUUUUCACGCUUGAUUUGUGUAGUUUGUUGUUUUGUACAA